GGUACAGGAAGUUCAAAAUGGCGAUGGACGGAAUGAUGUCCACGUCUUCGAGUUUAAGUUACCAUAAUGUGGGAGACUUUUACCCCAGAAAGUUUGGCCCCAAGCCGGACGUGGUGCCAUCCGGGGUGACGGAGAGGAAAGUCGGGCCGUUGGAUAAGCCUGACAUGGUGUCCGUGGAUGUCAUUAACAUCAAGGAUUCAGAUAUUCCAAUGCACAGGAAGAAGCAUGAGCAUGAUACAUACGUGUUGGGAACCAUUCAUCCAUUCAGGAAAACACACAGAUCCAUUUUUGGGAAACUCCUGCAGGAAUUCAGACUGGUGGCUUCAGACAGACGGUCGUGGAGGAUCCUGCUGUUCGGAGCGCUCAACCUGCUGUGCACCGGCUGUCUGCUGAUGUGGUGCAGCUCCACCAACAGCAUGGCCUUAACUGCCUACACAUACCUCACCAUCCUGGACCUGUUUAGUUUGAUCACAUGUCUCAUCAGCUCCUGGGUGACCAUGAAGAAACCCAGUCAGGUCUUCUCAUUCGGGUUUGACAGGUUGGAGGUUUUGGCGGUUUUUGCGUCCACCGUCCUGGUGCAGCUGGGAGCCCUAUUCAUCCUAAAGGAGAGUGUGGAACGCUUCAUGGAGCAGCCGGAGGUCCAUACGGGUCGUCUGUUGGUCGGGACGUUCGUGGCUCUGUUCUUCAACCUGUUGACUCUGCUGUCGGUCAGAAACAAACCCUUCGCCUACGUCUCUGAAGCGGCGAGCAGCAGUUGGCUUCAGGAACACGUGGCUGAUCUUAGUCGAAGUUUGUGUGGAAUCAUCCCAGGUCUGAGCAGCAUCCUCCUGCCUCGAAUGAACCCCUUCGUCCUCAUCAACAUGGCAGGAGCGCUGUCUCUGUGCAUCACCUACAUGCUCAUAGAGAUCAAUAAUUAUAAUGCGGUGGACACGGCGUCAGCGGUCGCCAUCGCCCUCAUGACGUUCGGAACCAUGUACCCCAUGAGUGUUUACAGUGGGAAAGUACUGCUGCAGACCACGCCUUCUCACAUCAUCGGCCAAUUGGACAAACUGCUCAGAGAGGUGUCGACUCUAGACGGAGUCCUAGAGGUCCGGAACGAACACUUCUGGACCGUCGGCUUUGGAUCCCUGGUACGUAGACCUUCGACAUGUUGGACCAGGACCUGACCUGGGUUGUCCUGAUGUUCCCCAUCUCAUCAUUCAUUCAUCAGACCAUCGAUCUGUUCAUCCACAGGAAAUGAUGGAACAGAUCAGUCACACAGUUUUUGGGUUAACAACACCAACCCUAACAUACUGUUCAACCCAGCCCAUGAACCUCCUCAAAACAAGCAUCUAUACCAAAUGUUGAACUAUUU